AUGGCGGGAGGUGCAAUCGUAAACAACAAUGGAAAGGCAGAAUACCAAGGGAAGAUGACGCUCUUUGUUUUCCUCACCUGCCUUGUGGCCUCCUCUGGGGGACUCAUCUUUGGUUAUGACAUCGGCGUUUCUGGGGGAGUGACGUCGAUGGAUUCAUUUUUGCUAAAAUUCUUCCCGUCAGUUUAUAAGGAGGCGAAGGAGAGAGUAAGUACCAACCAAUACUGCAAGUUUGACAGCCAGCUUCUCACUGCCUUUACAUCAUCUCUAUAUUUAGCAGCACUCAUUGCUUCAUUCGUUGCAUCUACGAUGACAAGAAUGUAUGGGAGGAGGUGGUCAAUGUUUGUGAGUGGGGUUGCCGUUCUCGUGGGUUCUGCCCUUAAUGGAUUAGCAGAGGAUGUGUUCCUUCUCAUCCUUGGUCGCAUCCUUCUUGGUGUUGGGGUAGGAUUUGCAAAUCAGUCAGUACCAGUGUAUCUUUCCGAGAUGGCACCUGCUAGGCUUCGGGGCAUGCUCAACAUUGGCUUUCAACUCAUGACUACAAUUGGGAUAUUUGUUGCCAAUGUUGUCAACUAUGGUACUGCUAAGAUUAGUGGUGGGUGGGGUUGGCGAGUUAGCCUUGCGCUUGGUGCUGCUCCAGCUCUCAUCAUAACUGUUGGCUCACUAUUUCUUCCUGACACCCCUAACUCCCUCAUUGAGCGUGGCUAUAAAGAGAAGGCUAAAGUUGUGCUAUCCAAGAUUCGUGGCGCUGAUGAUGUCCAUGACGAGUAUGAUGAUCUUGUAGUAGCUAGUGAGGAGUCCAAAGUUGUGAGACAUCCCUGGUCUAAUAUAAGAAAGAGGAAGUAUCGACCACAUCUCACCAUGGCCAUCCUCAUUCCCUUCUUCCAACAGGUCACUGGCGUUAAUGCUAUCAUGUUGUAUGCUCCUGUUCUCUUCAAGACAAUUGGUUUUGGCAAUGAGGCCUCCCUCAUGUCGGCUGUAAUUAUCGGUAUAGUCAAAGUUAUUUGUACAUUAGUCUCCAUCUUCACCGUCGACAGGCUCGGUAGGAGGGUGCUCUUUUUACAAGGUGGCACGCAAAUGAUCAUAUGUCAGAUUGUAGUGGGGACAUUGAUUGGGAUCAAGUUCGGGACUGCGGGACAUGCGACAACUCUAUCCAAAGAUUAUGCUUCCUGGGUGGUGGUCUUCAUUUGCCUUUACAUGGCUGGGUUUGCAUGGUCAUGGGGCCCACUUGGAUGGUUGGUCCCCAGUGAGAUCUUCCCUCUGGAGAUCCGGUCGGCCGGCCAAAGCAUCACUGUCUCGGUCAAUAUGUUCGUUACCUUCGUCAAUGCUCAAAUAUUCCUCACGCUCUUCUGCCACAUGAAAUUUGGCCUCUUCUACUUCUUCAGUGGGUGGGUGACCGUGAUGACCAUCUUUGUUGCCCUCUUCCUACCUGAGACCAAAAAUAUGCCAAUUGAAGAGAUGAUCCUUGUGUGGAAGAAGCAUUGGUUUUGGGGCAGGUUCAUCGCUGAUGACGAUGUUCAUGUUGGAAAUUGUGGGAAGAACAAUGGCAAACCAUGAGCAACUGAUGUUCAAAAUUCUUUCUCUCUUUCUUUUAUCUGUUUGUAAAAAUCUUGACUUCUUUGUGGCCACCUCU